UGCAAAAUCAAUCAUAUUUAAAUAUAUUUAAUUAUUUUUUUGGAAUUUCGCACAAAAUCAUAAGUUAAAAAAAAUAUACAUAAAUAUUAAGUCCAACGCGUUUGAUCUCUUCAAGAAAUGAGUGCAGGAGAACGAUGUUCAUCUUUGGAUCGAGGCAUGCGUCAUAAACCAUCGAAACCACCACGGUAUAUACCUGGUAAAUCGCCAAAUCGGUCGCCGACAAGAAAUCAAUCAUGUAGUCCGCAGCAUGUGCCAAGUUCUCCAGAACCAUUUCGUUAUAUGCCAAGUCCUGGUACUUUGGUCCAUACGCCGUCUUAUGCAUUGGGUCGUUAUAAUGCCCACACCGAAGACAUAUUAACCAGACCCGAGGAACAUUUUUACGACUAUAAUGAUCAAAUAGAUAAUCAACUUGCCAAAACUCCUCUUCGAGAACCUUCGCAUGGCAUCAGAGGUCGUCGUCGCAUUGAAAAUUUACCCGAAGAAUUACUCGAAGAAUUUGAAGAACCUUCUUUCUACGAACCACCGGAAAAUGCUUCAUUUGAUGAAUUAAUGUGUGUCUUUCCUAGUCCGGUGGUUACCGGUGCAAGAACGCCUAUGACAAUGGAACCCAGUAGCCCCAAGACAAAAUCACCUGUCACUAAAAAAGUUCAGGCAACUAUAGAGGAGGUGCCAAAAAGUGUUUCAAAGAAAAAAGUCGUGUCCUCCAAAGGACAACCUAAACAACGUCCCGUUCAACAUCCUCCCGAUUAUAUUGAUCCGGAAGAUGCGGCAGCAAUUUUGCUAGCACGCCAAUUGGCUGGCCUCAAAACAAGUAAUCCCAAACUACUACCAAAACGAAGUACACCACCAGGAGUCAAAACUCUUCCGGAGAAAAUGGCAUCUCCGUCUCCUCUACCCACAUAUGAAGGAAUUAUAAGGAGGAUGGAAGCUAUACGUGCUGCGGCAAAUGCAAAAAAGGCUGAAACUCCUACAAGAACGCCAGCAUUAUUGUCAACUUCUGUACAGGAUCAGUUAGACGAAUUUGAAACGUUGGAGCAAUUAUAUGAGGCCCAACCUCUACAAUGUCCCAGAGAUGCCGCAGAGCCAGGUUCUGAGAUUGGUCAUUCAUUGGUGGAACGUAUCGAACAUUUACAGCGUCAACUUUUGGAUUCCCCUAAACCACCAGCAAGUCCCGCUUUUGAGUUACCACCUAUAAUUCGAUAUUAUGAUUUACUGAGGCAACAAGAUGCAUUAGCCAAAGCCCAAAGAUUGCAACACCCAGAAGAAGAGCAUGGGGUGGAAACGGACUCAUUGGAAGUUGAUGUUGAUUUAAACGAAAUACAAAAUAUAGCCGAUUGGGAAUUGGCUGAAUUGUCUCAAAAUCUCGGUCCAAUUCCCGAAUCGCCGUUAAGAGAGAAAACUCCCAAACGGCAAGAUAUUUGCAUCCCAAUGUCCCUUGCAACACCGAAGGUACCAGAAUACUUGUUAUCCCCUAAUUUAUUGGCAGAUUUCGAUUUGGAAGAAGAUCAUGAUAUGUCCUUGGUUAACAUUUCAAUGCCAGCUGAAGUCUGUCUACAAGAUAGCUUUGUCGAUGAACCGAGAUUGGAUGAUGUAACAUCGCCAGAUCUAGAUGACUUAUCUAUAUCUGUACCAGAAGCACUACAACCUGAUUAUCCCUUGGAUUUGUCUAGUCAAGAGCAAGAUAAAUCAUCGGCAGGAUUCUUAACUUCUGUGGUUGGGGCGGUGGUGGAUAAAUUUCGAAAUAUGUUUGUUGGUUCUGCCUCAGAGGGAGUUGAAGAUGAACAAAAGGCCACGGAGGUUGAUCGUACUAUAAAUUUAGACUCUUCACUUCCAAAUAUCUUUAAAUCUACUCCACCGCCAGCAAAACCUAUAACUUCCCAAAAAUUAGAAACAGUUGCAUCAUGCCCGCCAAAGGCCAAAGAGACAAGUCCAGAAUCGCCAAUUGUUAUACCCACAGAUCCCAUACAUCCCAAAGAUUAUAAAGCUAUGGUAAAGAGAGCCCAGCUCAUACAUAAACUCAGGGCCAGAGAGGCAGCUAAAGCCAAGGCGCAGGUUGAAGUUAAAUCCGAGAAAAAGCCUGAAAUAAAAUCCACGAUACCAAAAAGAGCUCCCGCACCCAAGAAACGCCCAGUGAAAAAGAAAAGCCAAACAGAGUCUCCACAAAAAAUAUAUCCACCGGGUGAAUAUCCUCCGGGCUAUGUUGAAGCCGUGGCCCGGGCCAGACUAUUGGCAGGCUAUAAAAAUAGAUCUGCCCUUUUGAAUCCUCAAAGGGCAGCUAGGUUGGCAGCUUUAAGAGCUCAAAAAGAAGCCGAACAAGCAGCCGAAGCAGCUUUGCCUCCCGUCGAAAGGAUGAAGAAACGUAUUGCUCGUAUACGGGAAAAAAGAGGAAAAUUAUCCACGCUUAGGCCUUCCAUAGAUACCUUGGCAACUCUGGAGGCAAUAAGGGAAUCUUUACCCAAACCCGAAAUACCAAAACCUCCUGGCCAGGGAAAAUGGAAACCUAUGCCGCGAAAACUUAAAACCGGCGAUGAGGUUUUUUCUAAACAAUACCAAAGAGCUGUGGAGCAAAUUCAACCCAUGACGCCCAUUAAAGAAGAGAGCUUUGCCCAAGGAGAUUUAAUAAGCUUCUCACCACUGAGGCCGCAUGAAAUGCGUUUGAGAUUGGAACAUCUUAAGAAGCAAGCGGAGUCUAAAGCCAUUUCUAAAUCGCCUAUAAAGUCAAUUGAAGAAUAUGAGGAAGUCCAACCAUUUCAGUAUACUCCCAUAACCUUGGAUAGUCCGGAGAGACCUAGAACGAAAGAAACCCUCAGGGAAACAGUUACAACUAGAAUUGAUGACCAAAGUGGGUUGGAAGAGAGAAUUCACGAGGAAAUUCUGGAAACAUCCAUUAUCGAUAAGGGUGAGGUGCAUACAACGACUAAGAAAAUUACAACAAAAACUGAUGCAUUCGGAAAUAUAAAAUCCCGUCAAGAGGAAGAUGUUGAGAAUAUCGACGCCAUAGGGGUUCCAGUUUUUCUUGAUAUUUCGGAUACAAUGCAGGCGCCACCAGAUAGGGAUUCAGUAUUACCAGGACCCUCAGAGUUAAUAGAGAAAAUUCGACAACAGGCUCAACAAAGACUUCAAAUGGCACAGCCAACCCCCUUCCCAAGACCAAUGGAAAGUCCUCUGAAAAUUCCAAUGCCCACAGAUUUACCUGAUGAAGAUAUAUUUGAAAUCGAUAUGCCGCAAAUGGAUUUUAUUUCACCCAUAAAACAAAUGCCCAUUUCGGCACCACCAGCUACGGAUCCAACAAUACGAACACCCUCGGAGUUAAUAGAGAAAAUUCGACAACAGGUUCAAAAAAAACUUGAAAUGACACUACCAAUCCAUGUUCCAAGGCCCAUGGAAAGUCCCAUGAAAAUUCCAAUGCCCACAGAUUUGCCAGAUGAAGACAUAUUUGACAUUGAUAUGCCGCAAAUGGAUUUAGUUUCACCCAUAAAGCAAAUGCCUACAAGUCCACACCUACAACAACCAGCGGAUGUUUCCUUACCAUAUCUAUUUCCUGACAGUCCACAGAGGAUUAAAUCCCCACACGUUUCCCCCGAAAAACCUCAAAAACCCAUAUGUCCUGUCAAAGUAUUAACGCCCGUUGUGGAACCCAAGAAAGAAACCAUUAUUAUACCACCAUACCCUAAAGAUCCCAAAGACUAUGUUGGAAUGGUGAAACUGUCCAGAGCUUUAUACCAACUACAAAAACAAAAGGAAGCCGAGGGGGCUGCGUUGGCAGCAAAACAACCUCCUGCGGCUGCUCCUACCAAGAAACCGUUAAGUAAAAAACCCAAAGUAUCCAAAGAAAAACUGCCUCCCAAAAAGAAACCGCCCAAAGAAAUCCCGCCUGAUGAAUAUCCCGCAGAACCCCCUCCACUACCAGCUGAUUACGUUGCUGCGGUGGCAAGGGCCCGGCAACUGGCAGGUUUAAAAAAUACUACAGCAUUACUUAAUCCCGCAUUGGCAGCAAAAAUUGCUGAACAAAAGGCUGCAGAUGAAGCAGAAUUGGCAGAAUUUGAAAAGCUAAGUGCCUUUGGACAGAUUCAAAAGAGAAUGGAGAAACUAAGAAAUAUUCCCGAGAAACGAAAACUACAACCGUCUGCUGAAGUUUUAGGUAUGAUUGAGGCCAUACGUGCUAAUUUGCCGGAAAUAGAAGCAAUAGAAUCUGAAACGCAAGAAGAAAUGAGAGAAAGGCCUGUCUGUCCAAUGUUAUCACCAGAAGCAACAGAAGCAUUGGCACGAAAACCCAUGGAAAGUACAGAUAAACAGUACACGUCCCUAAAACAAUUUGAAGACUUGGAAAGGCAAUUACUGGCUUCCGAAGAGGGCAAAACUGUAGUGGGUGUCACAGAUACAUCAUUGAAAGAAUUUGAAGCUUUACAAAGGCAAAUGGCAGCCUAUCCUAAAGACACUUCUUUGGAUGAAUUUGAAGCUUUAGAAAGGCAAAUGGCAGCCUAUCCUAAAGACACUUCUUUGGAUGAAUUUGAAGCUUUGGAAAGGCAAAUGGCAGCAUGCCCCAUAGAUACCUCAUUGGAUGAAUUUGAAGCUUUGGAGAGACAAUUAGCAACCUGCCCCAAAGAUACUUCCCUUGAGGAAUUUGAGGCCCUAGAAAAGCAAAUGGCAGCAUGUCCCAAGGAUGCAUCCCUAGACGAAUUUGAGGCCCUUGAAAGACAGUUAGAUGCCGAUGACUACAAAAAACAAGUAGCCAAUGCAUAUGCCAAGACCAGAGAAACUCCUAAGGGAAUCGCAGGCUACCGUAGAGUCAAAAAGAGAAAUUUAAUGGAUGAAAUGACUGAACCAAGACACGAUCCAGAAUUUUAUCAACAACUAAUUGGAGAAUUUGUUCAACAACAUCCAAAGGAACCACAGCCAAGGAGGAUAAAACCAUUUGAAGAUCUAAUUAUUUCAACACCCUUAAGUGCUAAGGAACGUUUUCGCAGAAUCAAAGAAGCUCAAGCUAAACAGAUUUUAUCCAGCGAAAUAAAAACACCCAAAGGUUCUCCAACACCAAUUGCACUAACUCAUUAUAGUCCCAUUACUUUAUCAAGUCCAAGUGGUCCACCAUCUGGGGAUAGGUCUAGUGUUACUUUGGCAAUGAAAACAAUAGAACGUAAUGUACCUUUGGUCAAUCUUCAAAGUCCCGACCAACCUCUGCAUUUUGGAAAGCAAUUCGCCCAACUUGAAGACAUGCCUUUGGAUGAUAUCGAAUAUGAGGAUUUGCCCACAUUUAGGGAUGUCUCUUUUGAUAAACCAUUAACGCCACCACCAAAACCAGCGGAACUUAUUGCCAGAAUCAGGCAACAAGUACAACAGCGUCUGCGAGAAGAACAAAUGGAAGAGACCAUAGUUCCACCACCGCCUCAUACUAAGUUUCCUGAUAACCUACCGGAGGAGGAGUUACUUGAACUCAGUGCUCCAUCUUUUGCUCAGACUCCAAAAACCGGAACUCCCAAGAGGCCAACAACACCCAGACAUUCCUUACCAUAUGUUUUUGGUGAACCACCUGCAGCCACUCCGGUGGAGGCUAGAAAAACACCCAUUACAAUCCCAGAACCUGAGUCUCUGCCGAGUCAAGUUACGGAAACUAAGCCAGCGACUCCGAAAACGACUAUUGGCCAAAUAUUUCCACAUAAUUACCCCAAAGAAUAUGUGGCCAUGGUUAAGAAAGCCCAGGAAAUGUACAAAUUACAACAGAAACAAAAAGAGGCUGAAAAAGCAGCGCCUAAAAUUAGGCCACUUUUAUCGAAAGCCCCUUUGAAAACCAGAAAAACUGAGUUAAGGAAAAAACUUGGCCAAAAGAAAAAAACAACCGGACAAAAAGCCGACAAGAAAGAAGACAAAUCUAUGGAAUACCCUGAGGAGUUGCCACCACUACCUGCAGAUUAUUUGGCUGCUGUGGCUCACGCUCGAAAGUUGGCUGGCCUCAAAAAUACCACAGCUGCACUAAAUCCCGAAAUUGCAGCAAAAAUUGCAGCAGAAAAGGCCAAAGUUGAGGCCGAGGCUGCUGCCUUUGAAGCUAUGACUGAACACGAAAAACUAAAAUUCCGUAUGGAAAAAUUGAAACAGAAACCCGGAUUCAAGGUGACUACAAAACCAACAAUGGAUCAACUGGCUUUUCUGCAACACAUGAAAGAAGUGUGUCCUCGUGCGGCAGAAGAAAGUCAAAGGGAAGCUAUUGUCGGCGAAGAGCCCAUACAAGGUGUAAUGUUAACUCCAAAAUUGGUGCAAGAUGGUCGGGAUGAAACUUUUGAUGAAAUGGCUGAAUUUGAAAAGCUCGAACAAAUAGAAUGUCCCGUACGACCAAUGCCCGCGGCAAAGUUAAAAGACACACCGGCAUUGGAAAUCCAAGACUUAAUAACAAAAAUGGAGCAACAACAACUGGGCACACCUUUGCCACCUCAAGAACGUUUCAAACAGCUUUUGGCCCAAAAACAAGCUACACCUAUUGCCCCACAAACACCGCAACUUAAUGAAUUACCAAUAAAGCCUUAUAGCCCCAUUUUGCUCAGGCAUUCACCCACCACUCCGAAGAGAGUAACGCUUAGUGAAAAAGCAACAACACAAAUCACCAAGAAGGGUCCUGACACCAUUAAGGAGAUGAUGCGAGAAACUUCUGAAAUAGUGAAUGGAGAAUUGCAAGAAACUAGCGAACAUAUUACCACAGCCACAGAUUCUCUGGGCAACAUAAUCUCACAAACUAAGGAAACCAAAAAGUUUAUAGGCUUUGAUACACCAAUAGAGGCGGAACCCCUAGAAGCUGUCGAUGAACCAAGUUUCCUUGACAUUACACCCGUAUCUCCCAUCGAAGCGCCACCCAAGCCCAGAGACCUAAUCGAAAGAAUACGCAAAAAAGUUCAAAGUAGACCGCCAAGACCUGAAGUACCAAUGGGCCAACUUAUAGAAUUGAGAACACCACCGAAAGCGCUGCCACUACCGCAAAAUGUUCCCGACGAAGACUUACUGCAGAUAACUCUGCCAGAUUUGCCAAAAACUCCUCCUACAAAGAUGACCGAUGAUUUAAGAAAGGCAAGAAAAUCUCCGGAACGUGUACUGAAUGUUUCGCUUCCUGAAAUGUUUGUUGAGACACCAAAACAAUGUAGGGGUCUCACAUCCCCCCAAACGGAAGAUUAUACCCUGGAAGCGCCACCAUUACCUGAUGAUUAUGUUGAACAGGUUGCCAAAGCCAGGCAGUUGGCGGGACUGAAAAAUACCACUGCUGCCCUUAAUGUAAAAACUGCAACAAAAUCUGCAGAUGAGCUCCACUUUGCCAAGCUGAUGACAAAAGUUGCUGAAAUGAGGAAGCAAGGGCAAUUACGACAAACGGAAGAUUCCAUAGUACAAUCAGAGGAGGCAUCUUUGGUGUGCCCCAAGGCAAAAGAAAUUUACGAGGAAACACCCAAAACUCGUUUGAAGAAACUGAAGGAAUGGGCAGCAAAGACUUCUAAAGAAGCAACUGAGGAUCGCAUAGAACCCAAAACACCUAAAAUUGAUGAAAUUCCCUAUGAACCUAUAACCUUGGAAAGUCCAUGGGUAAAAGCUGGAGAAGCAUGGAAAUUAGAUGCAAGUCGAUUUAAAGAAUUACGGGAUUUAAGUGCUCUCAUUGAUCUGGAAGAGCCAAGUUUUCUUAACAAAAGCCACGAGCAAUACUCCCCACAACCAACCCCAUCGCGUUUGAUUGCAGAAAUACGUCAACAGGUCUAUGACCGUUUAAGAGAGGAAAAUAUCCAACAAACCAUUGUAGACGUAUCCCAACCUGACCUUAGAGAUGCAUCAAUGCCUAGAGAAUUAUUUAGUUAUGAUUCGCCACAGCAUCAUAUCCAUCGUAUGGCAAAAUCAGAGGUAGAUAUUGGCGAUAUUUCAAUGCCAGCUGAUUUGAGCAUAGUUGGAGGAAAAACACCAGAUUUCUCAGAAGCUGCAAUUGGCGACAUAUCAAUGCCUAGCGGACUUUAUAGUUCUUCUUGUGCCCAACAGGAUGCCCAUGUCGUAGACAAAUCUGAGCUGGAUAUUGGCGAUAUUUCCAUGCCAGCGGAUAUGAGAAGAGAUUUAAGAAUGUAUUCACAAUUGCAAAACUUUCGAAUUCAUAAUAUAUCCGAACCUGCCCUGGGAGACAUAUCUAUGCCUCCUGAAUUAUAUAGUAUUUCUUCUCCACAGCGAGAUGCCUAUUUACCAGAUAGAUCAGAGUUGGAUAUAGGCGAUAUUUCCAUGCCAGUGGAAAUGAGCAGGGAUGAAAGAAUGCUAUCGCAAAUUCCCCAUCCGCAAGAUAUCUCAGAAGCUGCUAUUGAAAACAUAUCAAUGCCCUCCGAACUAUAUAGUUUUUCUCCUUCUCAGCAACAUGCAUAUUUAGCGGAUAAAUCAGAGGUUGAUAUAGGCGAUAUUUCAAUGCCAGCUGAUAUGACCAGAGACGAUAGAAUGGUAUCGCAUUUACAACAGUCCCGUCUACAAGAUAUCACAGAAGCUGCAAUUGGAGACAUAUCAAUGCCACCCGAAUUAUAUAGCUUUUCAUCACCUCCACGAUGUGAAUAUGUACCCGACAAGUCGAGGUUGGAUGUAGGCGAUAGGAGAAUGGUAACGCAUCUACAAAGAUCCCGUUUGCUUAAUGUAUCAGAACCUGCUCUAGGCGACACAUCAAUGCCACCUGAAUUAUAUAGCUUCUCCUCUCCACAGCGGAAUGCUUAUUUAUCGAAUAAAUCUGAGGUGGUUGAUAUAGGCGAUAUUUCAAUGCCAGCGGAUAUGAGCAGAGAUGGAAGGUCCCACUUGCACGACAUAUCCGAACCCGCUCUAAAAGAUAUAUCGAUGCCACCUGAGUUAUACAGCUUCUCCUCUCCACAGCGGAAUGCCUAUUUACCGAAUAAAUCUGAGGUUGAUAUAGGCGAUAUUUCAAUGCCAGCGGAUAUGAGCAGAGAUGGAAGGUCCCACUUGCACGACAUAUCCGAACCCGCUCUAAAAGAUAUAUCGAUGCCACCUGAGUUAUACAGUUUUUCAUCUCCACAGCGGAAUGCCUAUUUACCGAAUAAAUCUGAGGUUGAUAUAGGCGAUAUUUCAAUGCCAGCGGAUAUGAGCAGAGAUGGAAGGUCCCACUUGCACGACAUAUCCGAACCCGCUCUAAAAGAUAUAUCGAUGCCACCUGAGUUAUACAGCUUCUCCUCUCCACAGCGGAAUGCCUAUUUACCGAAUAAAUCUGAGGUUGAUAUAGGCGAUAUUUCAAUGCCAGCGGAUAUGAGCAGAGAUGGAAGGUCCCACUUGCACGACAUAUCCGAACCCGCUCUAAAAGAUAUAUCAAUGCCUCCUGAAUUAUACAGCUUCUCAUCUCCACAGCGGAAUGCCUAUUUACCGAAUAAAUCUGAGGUUGAUAUAGGCGAUAUUUCAAUGCCAGCGGAUAUGAGCAGAGAUGGAAGAAUAUUAUCGCAUUUACAACAGUCCCAUUCGCAAGAUAUCUCAGAAGCUAAUAUUGGAGACAUCUCAAUGCCUCCUGAGUUAUAUAGUUUUUCUUCUCCUUCUCGAUGUGCAUAUUUUCCAGAUAAAUCUGAUUUGGAUAUAGGCGAUAUUUCAAUGCCAGCUGAUAUGACCAGGGACGGAAGAAUAUUAUCGCAUUUACAAAGAUCCCGCUUGCAUGACAUAUCCGAACCUGCUCUAAAAGAUGUAUCAAUGCCUCCUGAAUUAUAUAGCUUUUCGUCCCCACAGCGGAAUGCCCUUUUACCGAAUAAAUCCGUGAUGGAUAUAGGCGAUAUUUCAAUGCCAGCUGAUAUGUCCAGAGACGAGAAAAUGGUAUCGCAUUUACAACAGACUCGUCUGCAAGAUAUUUCAGAAGCUGCAAUUGGAGACAUAUCAAUGCCUCCCGAAUUAUAUAGACCCUCUUCUCCAGAGCGAUGUGCGUAUUUGCCGGACAAAUCCGUGGUUGAUAUAGACGACAUUUCAAUGCCAACUAAUAUGAGUCGAGAUAUAACGAUGUUAUCUCAUUUACAGAGCUCCGGCUGGCUAGAUUCUCCACAGCUGAUUUCACCUCCAACAAGGCAAAAAUUUGCCCAGGAAAUACCCGUUUCAAUAAAAAGAACACCUUUGCGUUCAGUUGAUAAAAGGAUGCAAAUUUCCUUUACUCCUCGCGCUGUCACAGCAAUACCUGAAGAUUCCUUAGCCGAAUUUGAAGCUCUUGAAAAAUGUGAAAGAGAAACACCUACCACAGGGAGUACACCUCACUAUCUACCCAAGACUCGCAUCAAAGCACAAGCAAUUCCAAGAUCUUCAAAAGGAAACGAACAAGUACCAACCGUAGAAAGAAUGCAAAUCUCACUAACACCUCGAACAAAUCUAAGUGCAAUGCCAGAUAAUUCUCUGGCAGAAUUUGAAGCACUUGAAAAAUGCGAAAGAGAAACCCCAAUGAUGAGGGAAGGAAAACAACAAAAGAAAACACCUUUAAGCUCAAGCAGAAAAUUAUCCAUCACACCGACUAUACCCAAAUUAAUUCCAAGGUCUCCUGUUUCACACAGACAAACACCACUGGGAAUAAAGAAAGUACGUCGUGGCCACAGACUACAAAUGUCCUCUACUCCUCACUCAAUUAAAGAAGAUUCUCUGGGCGAGCUUGAAACCCUAGAAAAAUACGCUGAGAGUACACCAGUGUCAAGAAUGCAUCGUAGUCCAUAUCGAAAAAUUCCCAAAUCCAGCGAAGACAAAAGAAUGCAAAUGUCCAUAACACCACGUACAGUGGACAGAAUGCCCGAGGAGUCCAUGGAAUCACAGGAAUUGGCCGAAUUUGAAGCUCUCGAAAGGCAAGGAAGGCAAACACCGUUGGCACCACGCAUGACCUGCCCUAUACCAGAUGAAUCUCCUACAUUGGCCGAGUUUGAAGCAUUGGAAAAAUAUUCCCAGGGCACACCUUUGGCACGCAUGGCCCUUAGCCAAAAUCUGAAGAAAAUAAAAGCCAGGGAAGCCGAAUCACAUGCUGAUAAAGAACGGAUGCAGAUGUCCAUAACACCACGUACAGUACCAAGAAUACCAGAGGAGUCCAUGGAAUCACAGGAAUUGGCCGAAUUUGAAGCCCUCGAAAAGCAAGGUGGACAAACUCCUUUGACACGGUCAGAUUAUAAACGAAUGCAAACUUCUAUGACACCACGCAUGACCUGCCCUAUACCAGAUGAAUCUCCUACAUUGGCCGAGUUUGAAGCAUUGGAAAAAUAUUCCCAGGGCACGCCUUUGGCACGCAUGACACUUAGCCAAAAUCUUAAGAAAAUAAAAGCCAGGGAAGCCGAAUCACAUGCUGAUAAAGAACGGAUGCAGAUGUCCAUAACACCGCGUACAGUACAAAGAAUUCGAGAUGAGUCCAUGGAAUCACAGGAAUUGGCCGAAUUUGAAGCCUUCGAAAAGCAAGGUGGACAAACACCUUUGACACGGUCAGAUUAUAAACGAUUCAACACAUCCAUUACACCACGUGUAACCUGCCCUAUACCAGAUGAAUCUCCUACAUUGGCCGAGUUUGAAGCAUUAGAAAAAUAUUCCCAGGGCACGCCUUUGGCACGCAUGACACUUAGCCAAAAUCUGAAGAAAAUAAAAGCUAGAGAAGCGGAAUCACAUGCUGAUAAAGAACGGAUGCAAAUGUCCAUAACACCACGUACAGUACACAGAAUACCCGAGGAAUCCAUGGAAUCACAGGAAUUGGCCGAAUUUGAAGCCCUUGAAAAGCAAGAUAGACUAACACCUCUAAUAUUAUCAGUUAAAACAGAUAGACGAACAUAUAUGACACCACGCAUGGCAUGUUCAAUGGCCGCAGAUCCUUUCAAUAAUACAGAGCUUAGAGAAUUUGAAGAGUUUGAAAAAAAUGCCAUGACAACGCCUGCCUCCUCUAAUCAUGACAACAUAAAAUCAAAAGCAAAUCUAAUCAGACACUUGGCAAAACAAAAAAUGCAAGUUUCCAUAACACCACGCACACAUUGUGCAUUAUCUGCAGCUUCGAAAGAAGAGGAUGCGGAAUUUGAAGCUCUAGAACGGUAUGCUUAUGCAGGAACUCCCGCAACACAAAGUGAUGGUAAAGGAAAUCAACGAAUGCAUAUGUCCAUUACACCCCGCAUGGCAGACAUAAACAUACGAGAGAGUUCAAUGGAAGCUGCGGAUAUGGCUGAAUUUGAAGCUCUCGAAAAGGGUGCUAUGGAAACACCCACCAUCGGAACCACAAAAUCACCAAGAGAACAUCAAAAUGUUGUAAACUAUAGUGCUGUACAAUCACUUGAAAGAGAGCCAAUGAAGAGAGAGCAAUGUAGACGCUAAGCUUAAUAACAUUUUGUAAAUAUUAAAAAUUGUAUAUUUGUGUAAAAUUGUGUAAAUGUGGAACGUAUAUGAAUUGCAAAUAAAUUGAAAUAGUGUUUCAAUACAA